AUGGCUCCCACCAACCCCGCCAACUCCCCCGGAAACGCCUUCUACCCGAACUCGCCUCCCAUGCGCCAACCCGGCCUCAACUUCAUCUACCGACUUGAAUGUACCAUUGCCACCGAUGAUGUGGACGUCGGCGCACCCCAUGGCACGGGAAUAAACCGCAGCAUUGCCAACCUCACAGGCGGCACUUUCAAAGGCCCCGAGCUACAGGGUACGAUACUGCCGCUGGGCGGAGCAGACUGGGCGACUGUGGUGGAGGGAACUCAUUCAAUGACUCUCGACGCACGCUACACUAUCCGCACGACAGAUAACCACUACCUCUAUGUCCGCGCCCACGGACUCUAUCGUCCCGGACCGGGAACCAAAUACGCGAGACAAGUGGCUGAGAAUCCGAAAAUGAGACCGCCUGCGACGGUGACGCAGGAUGAUGUGGAGUUCUUCUCGCACUUGAGAAUAGAGGCCGGAGCGGGGAAGUAUAAUUGGUUGAAUGGGCUACUCCUGGAGGCGGUACCGCAGAUUUCUGGUCAUCUGUUGCGCUUACCUACGGAGCUCCUGGUUGAAAUAUUCCACAACAUUGAUGAUUAG